AUGUCGUUCGAUCGCUUAUCGUCGCUCGAGUCGCAACCUACGACCACCCGUCGGCAGGACGAUCCCCAGUAUAGAGAUGACCCGGAGUUCCAGCGCUUUACCGAGUCUCUGUCAACCAAGCUCUUCGAGCUGAUCUCAAAUGUGUCUCGACUUUCGAAUCAGAUUGCGCUGCUAGGAACAAAGCGGGAUACCGAGAGAGUACGAGAACGAGUUCAUGAUCUACUAGAAGAGAGCAGAGACGGCUUCAAGGAGGUUGGCGAAGGUAUCAAGAAAGCACAAGCUUGGGAUGAUCUCAAUCCUUCACAGAAGUACACCAACCAGAAACUAUCGCGCGAGUUUGCUUCUGCCUUGUCAGAGUUCCAAGUUGUGCAAAGAAGGGCUAUCGAGAAGGAGCGAGCGUCAAAAGCGGCUCUCGAAGAGUCGACGUCUGCGCAGUCCCCGUCUGGCGAGAGACAGCAACAGCAACAACUGCUUGAGGAACCUCAAGUGGCCAACCAGAGCGAAGUCGAUUUCCAGGAGAAUCUCAUUAUCGAGCGCGAGGGCGAGAUCCGGCAGAUUGAGCAGUCUGUCGGCGAACUGAACGAGCUGUUCCGAGAUGUUGCUCAUAUCGUGCGGGAGCAAGGCGAGGUCAUCGACACCAUCGAUGUCAAUGUGGAGAACACUCUGACCGAUACCCGAGGAGCGGAUAUUGAGCUACGGAGCGCGAGUCGCUACCAGAAGGCUGCCCGCAACAAAGCCUGCUGCUUACUGUUCAUCCUAGCUAUAGUCCUUGUCAUCAUUGUGCUGGCCGUAGUCUUGAGCUGA